GGUUGACGCGAUUUCCGCAGGCUGAGACCGGGGAAAGUUGUUUCCUGAAGUUGAAGCUGUACUAGUGAUCAUUUCCACACUACAGUCGCAGUCGCGGUGUUUGUUAAAAUGUCUUGCGCAAGUUCAUCGUCCGUAUGGUUUUGGCUGUGACAUUUUUCUACCGAUGGAGUUGUCUGAUGACAGGAUGAGCUCAAUGAGAGAAGACACAGAAGCCCUCCUUCAAGCCCAGCUGACGGAGUGUCGAGCGCAGGUUGAACACUGGCAGGGUGUGGCGACCAUCUGUGAACUGAGCAAACGGGAGGAACUGGCAGAGCUGCAAAAACAAUGUGAUCAAGAGAUCCAGUCCCUUCAGGAGGCUCUCAGGGAGACGGCAGCGCAAUAUGAGUCCAGGAUAGCCGCCCUACUUGAGGGGAGGAGAGCAAGUAGCCAGAAUCAGGGGAGUGGAAAGAAGGGCAAAAUGGAUGCAGAGGCCGCCAGCAAUGAUUGCCAGACUUCACCAGACAGGUCGCGCUGCCAACCAGUCGACGGGGAACUUUCACCGGAGGGAGAAGCCCUGCCGCUUAAUACCGAAGGAUAUUUUUCACUGCGGAACUGUGACUCGGACUCAUUGUCCUCGUUCUCCAUUGACACACCCUCCCUCCCAAGAAAGCUCCACGCUCAGGAAGACACGGACUCUUUGGUCUCAACGGGAACUCUGGUGCCGGAAGCCAUCUACCUGCCACCAGCAGGCCACCGGCUGGUCACCCAUAGCGACUGGGAUGCACUCAAUGCUCAGUUGUCAGAGUUGAGAGGGGAGGUGAGUCAACUCUUGGAAGCAAAGGAGGAACUGGAGAAAGAAUUGGACAUACAGACCAAUCACACACACAAACAGGUAUCAUUGCUCCAGUCUCAGGUGCAGUCCUCAGAGGCGCUUCUUCAGGAAUUACAGAACUCCCUCAGCCAGUCACAAACUACACUCCAGAGUCGACUGUCCGAGCUGUCACUGUCCCAGAGAAAGGUCUGCUCUGAGCUAUCCAGACUGAAAGGAGAGACGGUUGAGGAUGAGGUAACAGGCUCCACCUCAGCGCUUCCAGCGUCACGGCAGCAGGCGGCGCACUGUGAGGAGCGCCUCCGUAUUGAGAUUGUCAACCUGAGGGAGCAGCUUGACAUCCGAGCAGAGGAGAAUGAAGUUCUCGAAGUGCAAUUUUCCAGUUUAAAAACAGAGACAGAAAGGAUUCAGGCCCAGAAGGACCAGUUUCACCACGAGCUGUUGGCCUGCCGCACUGAGCUCGAGGCCCUGCGGGUGGCGCUCUCUCAUGUGCAGGGCAACAACAAAGGGCUGGAUAGUGAGAAUGAGGCCUUACAUCAGCAAUGUCUGGAACUGCGCAGCCAAGUGAUCAGCAUGCGCUCUCAGGUCGACACCAGCCAGACUGUACAGAGAGACUUUGUUGAGCUCUCUCAGUCACUGCAGGUGAAACUGGAGUUAAUAAGGCAGGCGGAGUCCUUUGAACAAGUCAGGGAGAUCCUGGAGGAAGGAAUCAGCAAAGACGAUUCCUCGCCUGCGGAUGCUUCCUGAGUCUGCUGCUGCAGGCGGAAAGCCGAGACCAAGCUAAACGAUGGACCAAUGACCCUCAAGUAAGAACGGCAAUGUGGGACAGACACCGUUUUGAAACGACCAAGAGAAAGACUCCUGUUGCUGUUCACACGUGACAUUUAGUGACCGGAGUGAAAACGCGGUCUCGAACCAAACCGUGUCACCGGAAGAGUGGGAACACUGUAUUUUAUAUCGUUGCUGUCCCGUGAAAAACACACAUGUCCGUUUUUGUCAU